CAAAAUAGCCAUAGGGUUUAAAGCAGAAGGGCUUUCCAUCUCUGAAAUUGGUUAGCUGGAAUUGUUAGUUGAAUCGAAGAGGUAAACUGCUCUCAACUUCGUAUUCAAUAAUGAUGUUCAAUCAAAUUCGCAGAUUCAAUUUUUACGAUGCAAGAUUAUGUCGCGUUGCUCCUCUCCCAUCACUCGCCAAUUUCCUGCUUCAAUUCAACCAAUUUUCAUCACCACCUGCAAAUGCCCUAGAAUCUAACUCGGUAGACUCGAAUUCAAAGCCAUUCUCUGCUUUUUAUCUGGAAAACAAAUUCAAUUUUCCCCCAAAACGAGCCCUACUUUAUUCCAAGCUCCUCAAAUUUGAUUCCGCUGAAAAACCCCUUUCCGUUAUCGCGUUUCUCAAAAAUCACCAUUUCACCGAUUCCGAAAUCUCACGCAUUGUUAGGAAAUGGCCUUUAGUUUUGAGGCGUACCCCCUCGUCCAAUGUUCUACCCAAGAUUGAGUUUUUCCGUGAUUUGGGAUUAUCAAGCUCACAACUCGUGAAGAUUUUGACAAUACUGCCAAAUGUGCUGGAUAGAAGCUUAGAGAGCCAGAUAAUCCCAUGUGUUGAUUUCCUAAGGAGCUUCCUAGGGUCGGACGAAGAUGUCGUGUUCUCGAUCCUGCGCCACCCCGGUAUUCUUAGGGAGAAUUUGCAGAAGACAAUCUUGCCUAAUGUGGGAAUCUUAAGGGAUGCAGGUGUGCCCGAAUCCCACAUUGUAUCCUUGCUGAGAGCUGAUCCUAGACGCAUAGCUCUUGCUCCCGACACCUUUAGGUUAGCGGUGCAGAGGAUUCUCGAUCUCGGCUUUAGUCCCGACACAAAAGGUUUCAUCACAGGGUUGAAAGUGAUGAGGCAGCUGAGCAAUUUGUCGUGGAAGGAGAAGGUCAGGCAUUACACGAGAUGGGGCUGGUCCGAGGAUCAAGUGCUCGUUGUUAUCAGGAAGAAUCCAAGGAUCAUGUCUGUUUCCAAGAAUAAGAUUACUAAAAUCUUGAAUUUCAUAAUCAACACGAUGGCGUGUGAUGUUUCUGUUUUCAUGGCUAGGCCUGCAAUAUUGGGGCUGAGCUUCGAGAGAAGGAUUGUGCCACGGUGUGCCUUUUACCAAGCUUUGCUGUCAAAAGGUUUAGUCAAGAGCUCGAGCUUUGGCUCGCUCCUAGUCUGUAGUCAUAGCUUGUUUGUUGAGAAAUAUGUGAAGCGUUUUGGGGAGAAAGAUCAUGAGGUCUUAGAGCUAUAUGAGGAAAUUUUUAGUAAAUGUAAAGCUUAGAUUUUUUAUCUGCUUGUAGAACCUAACAGAUACUGAUCACAUUUGGCUUCAUCUGUGUUUUUAUUGUUAUUAAUGCUACAACGACGAGUCUGUGACCCUAGCUGGAA